AUGCUACCUUCACUCUGGCCGGAUUCAUCCAUCCUGGUGGCAAUGGCUCGUCUUCUCCAUCCAGCUUUAAUAAGCCUCCAGCUAUAUGAUCCAAGCUCUGUAAUCAGUAAAAAUUUGGAGGCCACUAUUUUUGGGAUGUCUACUCAAAUAUUUUCCAGCAGAUCGACGGAAUCAUCCAUUUUUCAUCAGCGAAACUCCUUUUUUGAAGGCAUUGCUAUAAAUAAAGGAGGAAAUAUCAUACAGGAUGAAGUAUUAGGGGAACCUAUGGGUGUUCGUGAUCCUGAUUUGAUGAAUUCUUCUGCUGUCUAUGCGGAAGAGAUGGGCGGUGAUGAAAGUGGAACCAAUAAGACAGACAAUUGGGCG